AGAAAGAAUUGGUGAUCUUUGGAUUCAUUUUCGCGGGAGUAUCAAAUCAGCGUAAUCUCUCUUUUGAAAAUUCAAAACGUCGACGUAAACCGUGCUCGACUUCUCAUUUGUGAUCCUCUUUCUCGAGAAGUCCCCAAUUCCGCUGAAACUCCAAUCCAAACAUGGCCGUCGUUGCCUCCUACUCACCUAAACUUAGCUGCACUUCAAAAAUCCCCUUGCCGACCCGUUUCUCUUGCCUUUCCCAUCCAAAAUCCACUGCGCCUGCAACUCCAACUCAAGCUGCGCCUCCAAAACUUGUGAUUUCUGAUAUAUUUCGGAGCCCCAAAACCAGGGCGGCUCUGCUCGGAGUGGGUCUGCUCCUCACCUUCACCGAAUCUGCCUCAUCUAUGGAACUUCCGUUGCUGGGAUCUGCACUCCAGCUGGAUGAACCCUCCAAUGCUCUUUCCCUUCCCACAUGGACUGUACACGUCUCCAGCGUCAUCGAAUGGAUUAUAGCCAUGGCGUUGGUAUGGCAGUACGGGGAGAGAUCAGGAUAUGAAUCUUGGAAGGGGCUUUCAUGGGGCAUGGUACCCCUACUAGGUGGAGCACUUUGCGCAUGCACAUGGCAUUUCUUUUAUAACUCUGAGUCCCUGGAGGUAUUGGUGGCUCUUCAAGCAGCACUUACCGUUCUGGGUAAUGCCACAAUGUGCAUAGCUGCAUAUCGUAUAUACAAAUCCCGGGAGGGCACCAAAAAUUUUUGAAAUUUUGCAGUGCGGGCCUCUGGAAUUAAUAUAUUAGACCGAGCGGAUGUCUUCUUUUUCUGCUUCUCGGAUAAACCUGCUGGAAAAUUCGCGAGAUCAAGAUCUAUUCACUAACGGUAGGCAUUAAUUCCAGAGUUUGGAUUCAACUAUCAAGGCCGUCUUAUAUUAGGAGCCUGUGAAUGCCGAAGAAUCUCCACUGUCUAGCAUGAAUAAUCAUUCAUCUACUGUAUAUGUAUGUCCGGACUCCUAAUUGUUCAGAGUAGUCAUAACUGACGAAGAGGGCGGUAUGAGGAUCUAACAUGUUUUUUUUUUUUUUAAAAAAAAAUGUUUUCUAGUAGUUGA